AUUUAAUUCAGAGUCGUUUGCGUUAUAUUUGAAAACUGUAAACCAAUAAAUAGAAAAACAGUAACUUUGAAUUCCGAAAAACUUUUCAAACUGCAUAUCUAUCUUAUUAUUUUCUGUGUAGUUGCUGACUUCACAAAAUACUUUUCUAAAAUCUCAAUUUCUGUGUGGGUGUUGUUAAAUCAUAAACAGAUAAAAAUACACUGUUCAACAUAUGGAUGUUUUGGUAUCAGCGUACUUUGUGUGUGUCCUUGUAAUUAUCAUUUUAUCAAUUUUAUUAAACGCACUUCUAAUCUAUAUAAUUGUUUACAAGAUCAAAGUAACCAAAUUGCCGCACGUUUUUAUUCUCAGCAUUUCGAUUUCCGACGUAAUUCAUACCUUAAUUGGUUAUAUAGCGGAAGUUUGGGUGUUAUUUGAGGUACACUCUUUGAAAAAGAGUUUUGUUUGCAUUGGACCUUCUUUCAUAACAGUUUUUACUUCAGUGUCUAAUAUUUUACAAACUGUUACAAUAUCAAUCAUGAGAGCGAUCGCAAUAAAGUGGCCAUUUUUUUACAUUAUAUAUUGUAAAACAAUGAAGAUGAAAAUAUUGUUAUUGUUUUUUUGUUAUUUUUAUGGAUUUUUUUGGCCUUUUAUUCCGUUAAUUGGAUGGUCAAAGUAUGAAUUAGAUUUGGAUGAAUUGCGAUGUUCAUUUGAUUGGAAGUUGAUGCAUUCGGAUUCAUUAUCGUAUCUAAUAGUAUUACUUAUAUUUUGCUACAUAUUACCUGUCAUUGCAUUGAUUUUUGCGUACAUUACUUUAAAGAAAACAGUUGUUGAUAGCUCCACUGUUAAAAGAGCUCAACUAGGUAAUAAUAGAAAUAUACAAGAAAUGGUUUACUUAAAGUUAGCAUUUUGGUCUGCUAUUUUUUACUUUAUAGUCUGGACUCCAUAUGCCAGUGCCAGUUUACUUUCAAUUUUCAAAAUAAAAUCUCCAAAUGUUAUAUAUACCCUCUGCGCACUGUUUUCGAAACUAUCAUCGAUAUCGAAUGCGUUGACAAACUGUUAUUUUAACAAGUAUUUUCGUAAUCAUCUUAAAAAAAUCAAACUUUUUCAAUACUUUGUAAAAUGGAACAGAAGAAGUUGCGACAAUUUAAUAUUAUAGUUUUU